AUGCAUUCUUCAAUCGGAACAAGUCUCCUGGUAUUCGCCAGCAUCUUCUUGGGAUUGGUACCUGCUCUGGCUACUCCUGAAAGCGGCAAUGAUGACUUUCCCGCAGGCGAUAAUGAUAUUAUCUCGCGUGAUGUUGCCAUUAUCGGCGGCGGCGCCUCGGGGACGUUUGCUGCGGUCCGUCUGCGGGAACGAGGAAAGACCGUUGUUCUCAUUGAGCGUGAUGAUCAUCUAGGCGGACAUACGCACACAUACUACGACUCUGACGGCACGCCUAUUGACUACGGCGUUUGGGUAUACAGCGACUACCCCGUCUCCAGGAGUUUCUUCGCUCAUUUCAACAUUACAUUGACCACCGAAUUCCUUAACGGAAACCCUGAAGCAACCCAGCGAGUUGAUUUUCGCACGGGACAGCCCGUUGCCCCGCCUGUCGGCAAUGUCGUUGAGGCAAUGACGCGCUACACUCAAAUACUACUCCAAUACCCUUAUCUGAUGGACGGAUGGGAUCUCCCAUAUCCCGUCCCCGAAGAUCUGUUGCUAUCGUUUCAGGAUUUCAUCGAGAAGCAUGAUCUUCAAGCAGCCAUAGAGACGCUCGCGCUGUAUAUGCAGGGAUUUGGCGAAGUUCUCCAGCUCCCCGCCGUUUACGUCAUGAAAUUAUUCCAUCUGGGUGUGGUUCAGGGUGUACAGACUGGCUUUCUGAGACCUGCAAGCCGAGCCAACUCGGAUCUUUACAGGGCAGCUGAAGGAGAGCUUAGGGACGACCUCUUGCUCAGCAGCACUGUAGCCCAUAUUCAGCGCUCUGCUGAAGACUCGGGGCCACAGCAGAUUGUUGUCCGAACUCCGAAAGGUCAACAGCGCGUUCAAGCCGACAAGGUCAUUGUCACCAUUCCACCACUACUGGGAGAAUUAGAAAACUUUGAUCUCGAUGAGCGUGAAUCGGAAAUAUUCGGCCGAUUCGAUAAUAACUCCUAUUUCCCGGCGAUUCUGCGUAUGUCGGGCCUCCCCGGCAACGGGACCCAAUUCGUCAACAAGGCACCAGAGACACCGUAUAAUAUCGCCCCCGUGCCAUCUACACAUGUAUUCGAGCCCACUGCUAGCCGAGACUUAUGGACGGCAUUUUUCGGAGGAGGGUCGGCGCCGAUAUCUAGUAAGCAGGCUCGACAAACUAUACUCGAUAACGCUCUGUCACUGCGCGCUGCAGGGUAUCCUAUAUCGGACCCAGAAAUAGUUGCCUUUCGUCCCCACGUUCCGUAUGCGUUGCACGUUUCUUCAGAGGAUAUCGCUGAUGGGUUCUAUCGCGACUUGUAUGGGCUGCAGGGAUACCGGAAUACGUUUUAUACGGGUGCUGCGUUCCAUUCACAUGAUUCUGCAGAGACGUGGAAGUUCACCGAGAAUUUGUUGAAUGAGCGCGUUUUGAUGGACUAG